CGGCGAGGCAAGAGAUGUGACUACCGUCACACGCUGCCUUCACUUCCGGUCUUCAUAGGGCCACCGCGGCAUGCGGUUGCAGCGCAAAUGCGGGUCAGUUCGAACGUCCCCCUCCGUCCAUCCCACGUCCCCUCACUGCCCUUGCCGUAACUCUCCCUUCUUGCCUAGGGCUGGCCUCCGCCUCUCGCCCUUCAACUGGGAGCCGGAAGUGUGUGUGAAGGUUCCGGGGGACGCCGAGCGAGGCGGAACGUGGAGGCGCAUGCGCACCAGAGGGGAGCGGCCGAGCCGGCUCUGAAGGAAGGUGGAGGAGAAGGAAGGAAGCGGAGCGGCGGCGCCAUGAGGGCCGGGCGGGGGCUCCCACGCGUUCAGAGGUCUGAAGACCUCAACUGCUGACGGCUGCCUGUCAUGCUUGCCUGCCUGUCGGGACCAGGGGAUCUCUCCUUCCAGCUGCUUUCUUUCCCGCAGAUGAAUGCUGGACUUCAGAAAUGGGAAACUACACAGAAAAUGAGAGCCGCACAGCACCCUACUCCAGCAGAGUUGGACGCAUAUGCUAAGAAGGUGGCUAACCAUCCUCUGACUAUCAAAAUUUUCCCCAACAGCGUCAAGGUUCCUCAGCGGAAACACAUUCGUCGUACUGUGAACGGACUGGACACUUCAGGGCAGAGGUACAGUCCUUACCCACCCUCUCAGGCUGCUGUGAAAACCGGCCUACUGGCCAUAGUCAGGUCCCCGGCAAAGGGAGUCGUCAAGGACUUUGACGGGACUCGCGCACGCCUGCUGCCGGAAGCCAUGAUGAAUCCCCCUUCCGCCCCCUACGCGGCACCAAGCACUUUAAGCCACCCACAGGUGUUGGCACGCCAGCAGGCUCUGCAGCACGCCCAGAGCAUGGCUCAGCACCCUCAGGGGAUCCCUUCAGCCAUCCAGCACCCGCAGUCUCUAGCCCACCCGGCUCUGCAGCAGCAGCAGCAGCAGCACCCUGCCAACCACUUGCUGCAGCAGCAGCCCCCGCCACCGGCGGGCUUGCACGGGGGCAGGAAGGUUCCGGAUGCUGACGCCCCCCCGAAUGUGACUGUGUCUACCUCAACCAUCCCCCUCUCCAUGGCUGCCACCCUGCAGCACAGCCAGCCCCCGGACUUGAGCAGCAUAGUGCACCAGAUCAACCAGUUCUGCCAGGCACGAGCGGGCAUCAGCGCUACCUCAGUGUGCGAGGGACAGAUCGCCAACCCCAGCCCCAUCAGCCGCAACCUCCUGAUCAGCGCGAGCACCCGCGUGUCUGCUCAUAACGUCCCCACGCCCCUGCCUUCCUGCGUGGCCAACCCUGGCGAGCACGCCCCCCAUGCCGCCACGAUGCCACCCGCUGCUGCCGCCGCUGCCGCCGCCGCCGCCAUGGGGGCCCCCUUGGGAAACAUGAGCAGGGGCUCCUCUGCAUACCAAAGCGAAAUGAAGCAGGUGGCGGCGUGGAACCAGCACCAGCUCGCUCACCUGCAGAUGUGCGGGGAAGCAGUCGGGCAAGCCCCCUGCCUGAUGGGCAAGCCCCCUGCCCGGGAGCUAGGUGGGCAGGGUUUCCCUGGCAAAGUGCCGGGCUAUGCCCUGGAACUGUGCAUGGGCCAGCCGUUCAACAUCAAGCCCCCCCUGGAGAAGCCGACCCCGUCGCCUCCUGUCAACGGCCUGCCCGGCCCCAUGCCCUACGCCAACGGGCAUUAUUUCCAGCCCUUGUGGAAUAAUCUCCUGCCCACCCCCAACAGCGACAGUUCGGGCUCCCAGGACCUGGCCAUGCCUUUCCAUGGUGGGGGGCAGCCUCUGGGGGCUGCCCUAGAGUGCGCUGCUGGACCUCAUUACAGAGCUGGGGCCGGGGCCCCCAGCCAGAGCACCAUGAUGCAAACGAUGGAAUACCUAAGCGGGGACUUCCAGCACUCCUGCCUCCGAGAGCAGGGGGGGCUCGUGCUCGGGAAAGGCGCCCGCCCCCCGGUGAACCGAGCUCCCGAGCCCACAGAUAGCCGAAGCCUUCAGCUCCCAGGGUAUAGAUAAGGCCGCGGCGGUCGCGGUCACUGGCCGAGCGCGAGGGUUAGUCUUAAUUUGAAUCAACAAAGGGGGAGGGCUGUCUUUUUAACUUGCAAACUUAGGUGAUCAUUAUCGUGAACUGCCGGGCGGGAGGCGGAUUGUAGCGAGAGACCCUCUCUGUGUGCGUGUACCUUCUCCUGUCUGCUGCCCCUGAGCCGCCCGCUUGUCUUGGUUCCGGAAUGUGUCCCUCUUAGUUUGCCUCAUCCUGUCCCCCCACCCCUUUUCCGGCUGUUUCCCGAGCACAGAGUUCUUCACCUGACGGUUGUGGUUCAGCCUCUAGGGGGUCAGCUUUGUCUUUCCGGGGGGGCGUUGUUAGGCAGCCGAAUCACUUGCGUCGCUCCCUGUUUCAGAGGACCAGGCAAGAGACACUGGUGCGGUUUGCCGCGACUGGCAGUAGGGCUGCUGUUCAGCCCUUUCCUUUCAGGCACCCUGGCCCCUUUCUGCUGCUUCCCUCCACUGCUUUGCAAAAGGCUUCGCAGCGGAUUCAGGGCACUGCUGCGCAUACGGAAGGUUGUGCACUGUAAAGAUGCCACUGCUCACGCUGUUGCCGUUUUCUCCGGGGGAUCGCUGCCCCUCCCAGCCUGGGGCUGCCGAGUUUCGUGAAACACUGGCCGUGACACUGUCAUUCCUCUUGCCCCCAUCCCUAGCCAAGUUGCUUCUGUUCGACUGCUGCAGGGGAUCGUGACCGCCCCCUCCCCUCCUGGAGGACAUCUGACUGUUACUGGGAUAAAUGACUGAGAGGGCGAAUGGGGUAAAGUGUCUCUCCCCCACCCCAUUCUUUCAGGCCUGUGGAGGCUUAUCUGGGGAACUAGAUUAGCCUGUGCACUCCGACACAUGCCAGCUGGGUGACCUCAGUCUCGUCACAGCUCACCCCCCCCCCUUCUUUCAGGCCUCACUUGAGCUUUCUGAAACUGAAAGCUGCCCUAAAGGAGCAGCAGUGGCGUAGUGGUUAAGAGCAGGUGUACUCUAAUCUGGAGGAACCGGGUUUGAUUCCCAGCUCUGCCGCCUGAGCUGUGGAGGUUUAUC